CCCUGGAAUUGUUCUUGUGGUUCUCUUGUCCAUAGCGCUGUGCUGCGAUUGAAUUACAAAUGCUGGAUUAACAGUUGGGUGUUCUAUUGUAGCGGAACUCCCAACACGCCCAACGCCCUCUACCUUAACACCCGGAUUACUGCUUCAUCUUCAGCAAUUACUAGAUUGGGUUUGACUAUUGAAUCGGUUGGACCUCGAUCUCCGAUCACGGACCAACUCUUAUUUAACGCCACCAAAGCAUGUCUGCCCCCGAGAUUGCCCAACAGGGCAAGGAGGAAUCCGCGGCCACCUACACCCAGUCGUACGCAGCCUCGCGCUCAUCCGAAGACACCAUCGAUCAAGUGGACGCUCUAGGGCGCAUUGCGACGCGGGCCUCGCGCGAGCCAGAGUCCUUGACCAGAAGAGUGACCUCGAUCGGGACGACUGGCACCUCGGAUCCAAACUAUGAGGUCGACUGGGACGAUGGAUUCGACAAAAACAACCCGAAAAACUGGUCCUUUGCCUACAAAGCCAUAGGCAUCGCCAUUCUCUCCUACAACACCUUGAUCAUCGUACUGUAUUCGACCUCGUAUACUUCAGGAGAAUCACAGAUUGCGGCGGAAUUCGGAACCUCCAACACCGUCGUCACGUUGGGCUUGACUCUGUAUCUCAUCGGCCUGGCGAUAGGGUCCAUGUUCAUGGCCCCAUUGAGCGAACUGUACGGCCGCAAGCCGGUUUCCGUCCUCUGUUUGCUCAUCUUUACCGUCCUCAUUAUUCCCUGUGCACUUAGCAAGAACCUCGCCACGUUGCUGGUCGUCCGGUUCAUUGCUGCUUUGUUCGGAAGCGUCAUGAUCUCCACCGCGCCGGGGAUGGUUGCGGAUAUUGUUGAGGAUGAUCAGCGGGCGCUCGCCAUAUCGAUUUGGAGUAUUGGUCCCAUCAAUGGCCCAGUCAUUGGACCCAUCAUUGGUGGCUUCGUGACACAGUAUCUGGGCUGGCGCUGGAUGGACUGGAUUGCCUUGAUUCUGUCCGGCGUCGCGUUGGUCUUGUCGUGUGUCCUGGAGGAGACCUAUGGUCCUAUCAUUCUGCAGCAGAAAGCCGCCCGCAUGCGCAAAGAAACAGGCGAUUCGCGCUGGUGGUGUCGAUACGAACAAAAGGCCAGUCUGGGUGAACUGCUGAAAGUCAACCUGGGGCGCCCAUUUGUCAUGGCAGUCACCGAGCCGAUCUGUAUUUUCUGGAACAUCUACAUCGCCAUCGUCUAUGGAAUCCUCUAUCUCUGCUUCACAGCCUACCCCAUCGUCUUCCGGGAGAUUCGCGGAUGGUCGCUUGGCCUCUCUGGCCUUGCAUUCCUGGGCAUCGGAACCGGCUGUUUGAUCACCAUCUCCAGCGAACCCUUGAUCCGCCGUUUGAUCAACGCCCACAAACCCGACCCGGAAACAGGCAAGCCGCCCCCGGAGGCCAUGGUGGCGUUCGUGUGCAUCUGCGCGCUUCUCAUCCCCGCCGGAGAGCUGUGGUUCGCCUGGACGUGUUCCCCGGCCUCGAUUCCCUGGAUUGUCCCGAUUCUCGCGGGGGUGCUCUUCGGCACCGGCAACACGGGCGUCUUCAUCUACGCGACCAACUACCUCGCUGGGAGCUACGGGGUGUACGCCGCCUCCGCGCUGGCUGGGAAUUCCGUGAUCCGCAGUAUCCUGGGUGGUGUGUUGCCGCUCGUGGGCACGUACAUGUACGCAGGCAUUGGUCCCAAUUGGUCUGGCACGCUCCUGGGCUUGCUCGAGGUGGCCAUCGUUCCGAUCCCGUUCGUCUUUUACAAGUAUGGGUAUAAGAUUCGGGAAAAGAGUGUGCUUAUUCGACGAAUGCAGGAGGAUAAGCGGCGACUUGCUGGCAAGCGCCAGCGACAGACCCAGCAGGUGGAGGUGACGGCCCAGGGGGAGAAGACCACGGUGGAGGUCUGAAGACAACCACCACGUACACAGCGCCAUCUCGCAUUUAAUGAUGGGGUUGAAAAGCGAUUCCUUGCACAGCGGGAGUUGGGUAGCGUGCCUUGUUGCCAUGGAUAUGUAAUGAUCUGCAUCUAUGCACGACUGGUAAUGUCAUU